CUGAUAACUGGGCCCUGAUAACCGGAUGUUCUCGACACUGUGGUCCUGGAGUGGGCCCCACUCCUCCAGGCUGGCUUGCCACUCGGGUGCCUGUCGGACCCUGGCCUGUGUGUGACAACGCUUUUGGUGGCCUACCAUGGUCCCGGACGUGUCUGCAAUCUUUGCCGCUUACACAAUUUGUACACAGAAGAAGACUCCUCUGCAAGCUCUGGCUGGUCUCUUCCAACCUCUGCCUGUCCCCCACCGUCCCUGGUCUCAUAACUCCGUGGACUUUGUCACGGGUCACCGCCAUCCUGACCGUGGUGGAUCGGCUCUCUAAAGCUGCCCACUUCAUUCCUCUCCCCAAACUACCCUCUGCCAAAGAGAUUGCCUAGCUCAUGGUGCAGCACAUUGUCCGGAUCCAUGGACUGCCCAUGGACAUGGUCUCCGACCAGGGUCCUCAGUUCUCAUCCAGUUCUGGAAGGCGUUCUACACCCUCAUUUGGUCCAACGGCCAGUCUGAGAGAGACAACCAGGACCUCGAGACCACCCUGCGCUGCCUGGUCUCUGCCAAUCCCACCACCUGGAGCCAACAGCUUGUGUGGGUCGAAUAUGCCCGCAACACCCUUCCCUGCUCUGCCACAGGACUAUCUCCCUUCUAAUGUUCUCUGGGGUAUCGGCCCCUGCUCUUCCCUGAGCAGGAAGAGGAGGUGCCCAGAUGUUUGUCUGCCGCUGUCGUCAUACCUGGAGGAGAGUCCGGUCGGCCCUCCUCAAGACCAACUCCAGGAAUCGACAGCAAGCGGAUCGCCAUCGGACCCCGGUUCCCCGGUAUCGUCUCAGGCAGAAGGUGUGACUCUCCCCCCGGGAUCUGCCCCUCCGGGUGAAGUCUCGCAAACUGUCCCCCCGGUUUCCCCAUCUCCAAGGCCCACCCCUCCUCCCCGUGUCGCCGAUGGCCAUCCGGCGUACACGGCGAGAUGCCUCCUGAUGGUUCGACCACGGGGCAGGGCUUUCCAGUACCUGGUUGACUGAGAGGGUUAUGGCCCGGAGGAGAAGUGCUGGGUCCCCGCUAGAGACAUUCUGGACCCAGCCCUCAUCGCGACUUCUACCGCCGGCACCCCGGUCAACCAGUUUGUCUUGUUUGUCAAGCUUACCAGCAUUUGUCCUGUCAGCUCCUGUCUUUUGCCAGCCUCUCUUUUUCUCGUCUUCCUGGUUUUUGACUCCUGCCGCCUGACCACUAUGCCCGCCCCUGACCCUGAGCCUGCCUACCAUCCUGUACCUUUGCCCCAUCUGGAUUUCCGACCUCUGCCUGACCUGACCCUACCUGCCGUCCUGUACCUUUGCCUCUGUUUCUGUAAUAAACAUUGUUACUUUGA